AGAUCACACGAGUGAGACCACCUCACUCACCACAUAUCUUAAGCGAAUUAACGAAUGCCAGGAUACAACGAUAUUUUGUAAGAGACAAGACUCUCGUAGAGACGCUAAGCAUAGGGUUCAUUAGAUCAGUGUUUAGGAUAUUGUCAUUAAGUUGUUUAUUAGGUUUAAGGUAACGAGAAAGCUUUAAUAAAUAAGUACACCAGGUAUAAACAUAGGAAAUUAUUUAUUGCUCUAUGAGAGAGAGCUUAAUACACAUGCGAUCAGAUUAUUUCAAUGUAUCUGCACAAAAGUACUAGAAAAAUUAAAUAUGAAAUUGAAAUAAUGUUGCGCUUCAUAUAUGAUAUGGUGAUUAUAUUUAUAUUAAUUUUCAAAACUACAUUUGUGAUGUGUAUAGUGCGGGUAAUUAAAGAUUCAUAUGUAUCGUGAUGUAAGGCGAUAAUUCUCAAUGUAAUUGUGAGCACGGGUGGAGUGACAGCCACAUAUAUGAUGUACAAAAAGGGAUACAUUUAGUCCAAAUUUUCUUGUGAGCAAUUAUAUUGUCAGCCAUGAAAAAGCCAUGAUUAGCGAGUAAAAGUGAAAAUGGCUGAGCUAACAAGUGCUUAUGUGUGUCAAGAAGCGUCAAUAAGGUUUUUCUGCAAAAAAAAAACCCAUGUCUGCCACCGAUGUUAUGGAAGACAUAGCAUUGCUCAAAAUGUCAUUUCACAAGUGCCCUGUGCAGUGUAUCGCGUUUAUCUUUGCAGUGUAAUAAUUAUACUGCCAAAAAAAAAAUAUGCAGGAGAGUGUGUGCCGUGCGUGUAAUUUGAAAUAUCGAGUUCUAGUUAACGAGGAUGAAAUGAAAAGCAGCGUUUAUAUGAUGGCGCUGAUUUUACGACUCAGAGGAAUAAUAAGAGUGGAUCCGUAUCACCAUUUGGCCUACAAAAUACUGCACCUGGGGUGCGUGAAAUUUAUAUCUCGGUGAAGUACGCAAUCACAUUCGUCGUUAUCAAUUGGAACAUAACUCAAUCCCAUCUGUCUGUCCCUUCCCUUGAUCUACGUAUCCUUAAAUAUUAUCUUAUCCUUAAUUUUUUUCCAGUUAGAGAUAAUGCAAUUAACUGUAUUCCUAAAUCAAUUAUCCUACAUAUUCUUACUAUGAAUGCAACUUGCAUGCAUUUAUACCUACACCAUAAUAUCCUGGUAUCAAAUACGAAUUUCAAAAGUACAUACCUGUGGGUUAAGCCCGGCCAGCGUCUCGUUACGCCAACAUCUGUGUCUGCAACAAGUACAUGCUUGAUUCAUACAGAAGAAAAGUAACGUCCACUCUUGGUCUUGGAAGUACAGAGAAUCACACAAAUGGCACGUCGCAACGACUCCAAAAAUCAAAGUGAGCUAGCUUCAUUGAGAGAAUCCGAAAACAAAUACAGACAACAAUAUAUAGAGGCAUCUCACAGGGAGAAGAUCUUAGUGAGGAGGCUUGCCUCUAAAGAGCAGGAAUUACAAGAAUAUAUUAAUCAAAUAACUGAAAUGAAAGCCACCCAAGCUCCGUCCGCAGCUGCAUUAAGGUCCGCUCUAUUAGAUCCGGCUGUUAAUAUAUUAAUACAGAAAUUAAGGCAAGAGUUAAUAACGACCAAGGGCAAAUUAGAGGAUACGCAGAAUGAACUAAGCGCGUGGAAAUUCACGCCGGAUAGUAAUACGGGGAAAAGAUUAAUGGCAAAAUGUAGGUUGUUAUAUCAAGAAAAUGAAGAACUUGGUCGUAUGAUUGCCAGUGGACGUAUUGCCAAAUUGGAAGGCGAACUUGCUCUGCAAAAGAGUUUUAGUGAGGAAGUGAAAAAGUCACAAUCAGAAUUAGAUGAGUUUCUGCAGGAUUUAGAUGAAGAUGUGGAGGGUAUGCAGAGCACUAUUUACUUUUUGCAACAAGAACUGCGCAAAGCACGAGAGUCUGUCACGCUAUUGCAACAGGAGAAUGCAGCAUUAAAGGCAAGUACAAACGAGAAUAAUCUAUCGAAUGGUUUAUCGCCCCAUACGCCGCCAAUUAAGAAAGAGGAACAAGAAGAAACUACAGUACCAGAUACGAAAUCUUCAAAAUCGAUGGAGGACAGUGAUAUGUGCAAAGGUGUGAGGACUCCACCGUUAGCGUCGCCCCAGAGUGAGCUUACCAGUGUUGAAAGGACAGAACGUGCGGAGAGAAAACUUAAUCAAGCCGAUCACAAUGACGAGAGUUCCAGCGAUUCCGCGGCGUUAAUUAUUAAGGUUGAGAACGAGGAACUUAGUGAUAGAGAAGAAGAGCAGGAGGAAAAUCGGAAUAAACGAAUAUUAAGAAAUAAAAAUCACAGUAGGAAUAGUGGUAAAUCAAAUGGGGAAGAGGUGACAACACGAACAACACGGGGUAGGGACAGGAUAAAGAGGGAGAAAAGUGCAGCCAGUAGUGAUGAUGAAAGGACGCACAAGAAGAAACGAAGGGAAAGCAUUCUUUCUCUCGAUUAUAACGAAGCCGAUGAUGAUGCGUUAGUUUUAACUAAUGGCGAAACUCUGCAGAGUGAUCCCGAAUGAAUAUUGUUUUAGGUUGAUUUUGGACAACAUUAACUACACGUGUGGUUGAAAUUCGCGAUAUAUAAUUUGACAUCCAUUAUGUACAAAAUUUUUCAUCUAAAGCAACGCCGGUUGCCUAUUUACAAGAUAUUGUUCGAAUAAAAAAAAUAAUUAGCCAUAAAGAAACGUAAUUUCAGUACCUGUAUUCGUGAUAAACCUCAAAGGAUAAAUAUUCACAUUGGUCUCUAAAAUGACAAACCUGUAAAUACUCUUAUUAUUAUUAUAUCGAUCCAUUAGAUCAAUAUAAAGUUUGUUUACUUGAAGUUACUUGCAAACGACCAAGUUGCGCAUUACAUUACAAAGAUAUAUCAGACGAAAAAUCUGAAUAGAUUAAUAUAAUUUAUUACAGCCGAACGCUGUAAGGAAAACAAUCGAAUUUUGUUUGUAUUUUAUAAAUUUAUUGUAUUAAAACUAUGUAAAAAUCAGCAAAAGCUUUGGUUUAUCAGUAAAAGACGAAUAAUU